UGGCUCAGUCCGAUACUAGAAGGAGGCCUGACACUCAUGCUGCUCUGUGAUUGGUUACUUUAGUUGGAACGCACAGAGGGGCCCUUAACUGCUUAGAAGGCUGACAGAGGCACAUUGUGUUUCCUUCCAGACAGGAGGGAUCGCUCAUAGUACUGAGUCACUUUGCGGUGCGGCUGGACUGGCAAGAAAGCUAUCCUAAGUCAGUUUAAGUGUGUGGCGUGGCUUAUGAUAACAGCGGAUAGGGUCUGUGAUAUUACCUGGUCGCCGGCUGAAUCUGUGCGUCAAUGAAAUGCCGCGUAAGAAGCCAUUCAGUACCAAGCAGAAAAAGAGACAGCUCCAAGACAAGCGGGAACGGAAGAGAGGACCAUUAGAGGCCGGUCGAUCAGAGUCAAACAGUCGAAGUGAGAGCAGAGAGCGGGGUCAGGAGAACACUGAUACAUCAGACAGCGAAAGUAUCAGACCCCAAGUCCGACGCGUCAAUCAACAACCCCAUAUAGUCCGACCUGGAGAGAAAGGAUAUGACCCAAAUAGGUACAGACUUCACUUUGACAGAGACAGUAAGGAAGAAAUUGAGCGUAGGAAGAGAAUCGCUCAAGAAAAGAUCCUGGAGCCCGUAUCCGAGGCUGAACUAGAAGUUGAUAUAGAGAAAAUCUACAGACCGGGGUCUGUUCUCGAUUUUCCAAAAAGGCCGGCCUGGGGUUACGAGAUGAGUAAGGAAGCCGUGCUGUCCCAGGAGGAGAAGGCUUUCAGGGAAUAUUUACAGAAGAUCUAUGAGAACCACAGUCCUAGAGAACUGAGUUACUUCGAUCACAACCUGGAGACGUGGCGCCAGCUAUGGAGAGUUCUAGAGAUGUCAGAUGUUAUAUUGCUUAUAACAGACAUCAGACACCCGGUGCUGCAUUUCUCUCCUGCCCUCUAUGACUACGUCACUAAAGAUCUGGGGAGGUCUCUGAUCCUCGUCCUCAAUAAGACUGAUCUGUGCCCACCAUCCUUGGUUGUAGCCUGGAAACAUUAUUUCCAAACAAAGUUCCCCGAAGUCCACGUGGUUUGCUUUACAUCCUACCCCCGGCACCCUGAGGAUGAGCAGGACCCCUCUUCAGUAUUCAAAAAGCGUAGGAAGAGACGUAGGGUGUGGAGCAGCGCAUUGGGCCCCAAUCAGCUCUUGCGAGCUUGUGAAGUCAUCACAGCUGGGAAAGUUGACCUCACAAGUUGGCGAAGGAAAAUAGAAAGAGACUCUGCAGUGCUGUGUAACCCUGCCAACGACCGGGCGGAAAGUAUAGUGGAUUCAGGAGACGCCGUCCUCUCCCAGCAGAUCUCCGAAGCAGAAUUGGGAACACCCAGCCGAGAGCUCUACAAAGAUGGGGUGCUGAGCAUUGGCUGUGUGGGAUUCCCCAACGUAGGUAAGUCAUCCAUAAUAAAUGGGCUUGUGGGUCGGAAGAUUGUUAGUGUUUCACGGACUCCAGGACACACCAAAUACUUCCAGACCUACUUUCUGACACCUACCGUACGCCUCUGUGAUUGUCCUGGACUCAUCUUCCCAUCUCUCGUUGACAAGCAACAACAGCUUCUUGCUGGGAUAUAUCCAAUCGCUCAGAUUCAGGAGCCCUAUACGUCAGUGGGAUACCUGUCCUGCCGAAUAGCCGUCCCACAGCUUCUCAAGCUUUCACAACCCAACGGGGUAAAGAAUGGUUGGACUGCCUGGGAUAUUUGUGAGGCUUGGGCUGAUAAACGAGGGUAUAAAACUGCGAAGGCUGCUCGCAGUGACACGUACAGAGCAGCUAACAGCAUCUUGCGGCUUGCUGUGGACGGGAGACUUUGCAUGUGUAUGAGGCCUCCGGGGUACACCCAGCAGAAAGAGUCCUGGGAGCAGCAUCCAGAGACUCUGGAAAUUGUAGCCCAUAUUCAGGCCCAGGGCCACCCAAAUGAUGACUUGUCUUCGGGUGGAGAAGAGGAGGAGGAGGAGAUCUCCAGUUCUGGAGAGGAAACAGAGGAACGAGACCACGAUGCUGAUGAAGAGGAGGAUGAAGAAGAAACCCCAACACCAUCUCAUUCUAAGAAAGCUGGAAAAAGCAAAAUGUCUGAUUCAAACCCUUUUGCCCUCCUGGGGGAAGACGAAUGUUAAAUUUGGCAUGGGGAGGGAUUAAGUAUAUGGGUUCAUGCUUUGUUAAGAGGCAGUUUUUCUGCGCCCAUUCAUGUUAUUUCCCUUGCGUAUUAUCCUUUCAUGAGUUAGGCUUGGUCUCCGUUAAAAUGGCUGACGUUCCGAGCUCAGUGUCUGAGUGAGCAGUCAUUACUCGGUAUGUUCUGCUUACACUCUACUUGGCUGACCUAAACUGAGAGUGAUUUUUGCCGGACAUGAUCUGAGAGGAGAGCUCAAAGCAAGUGAGAAGCUCGGUUCUCUAGAGCAGUCGUUCCUAAGCGGACCAGUGUUAAGGGAUUACCCAGUUCUUUUUGAGUGAAGACUUCCAGUCCAUUAAAACAUGGAAAAGACAUGUAGCUUUGUUUUGGAGGGGAUGCAGGAGGUUAGGUUUCCAGGAGCAAUGACACCAUUUCAAUCUGUUACAAUAUCUCCAAAUCUAGAAAGGUCACAAUAUAAAAUGUCAGAUGGUGGUCCAGUUGCCCUGGGUGGGCUCUUAGAAAUGGUUCCUGUAUGAAAUGAGAUUCCUGCUGUAUUACAACUCUUCCUUCUCCCAUUUCUCCAGCAACUUCCCUAAUCUAGCCACAGAUUUCAAAUGGCUGAUGAUGAAAACCCUCUUGUUUAAGGUUUGGCGUGUGAAAAAUGUAUUUGCUGUGUAAUUGAGGUGAUCGUGUGAUGCUAUCAUUCUGAGUAGGGCUGUGAUUGGCUGAGAAUGCAGAGUUUUCUCUAAGCUCAUGCCUGACGUGUGAUUAGCAGGGGAUUCCAAUCAUUCCCACUAUCCUUCUAUCUGCCCUUAUUUUGUCUAAAAUGAUUUGUCCAAAGGAGUAAAGCAGUAGCUCAGUCUGUCCUGACACUAUACAUGUCCUCACCCACAAACUAAUUUCAUGUUGGGGCACCGGCCC